ACUGCCCAUUGUCAAACGCGUUCUUGAAAUUUUUCGGACAUACAUCCUUUGCUCGAUUCUGACAUUUGAAGACGAUGGCUUUACGUAUACCAAAGAAUACCUUGCCUCAACUCUUUAAGGAUGGCUACAAGUUCCAACAAGGUGUGGAGGAAGCUGUUAUCAGAAACAUUGAAGCUACACAUGAGCUCUCCGAGGUGACCAGAACUUCACUCGGCCCUAACGGUCGUAACAAGAUGAUCGUCAAUCACUUGGAAAAGUUAUUUGUCACCAAUGAUGCCGCCACCAUUAUCCGUGAACUUGAAGUUGUUCACCCUGCUGCUAAGUUGCUUGUUAUGGCUUCUCAACAGCAAGAAUCCGAAGUUGGCGAUGCUACCAACUUGGUUCUUGUCUUUGCCGGUGAGCUCCUUGAGAAGGCUGCUUACUUGCUCCGCAUGGGCUUGCACCCAUCUGAAGUCGUCCAAGGUUAUGAACUCGCUCGCGAUAAGGCUUUGGCUAUCCUUGAAGAACUCUCUAUCGACAAGGUCAACUCUCUCACCGAUGCCAACGAGAUUAAGAAGGCCGUUCGUUCUGCCAUUUCCUCAAAGCAAUAUGGUUAUGAAGAUCUUCUUUCCGAAUUUGUCAUCGAGUCUGCUAUGAACAUUAUGCCCAAGAAUCCCAAGGAUUUCAACGUUGACAACAUUCGUGUUGUUAAGAUUAUGGGAUCCAGCGUCCACGAGUCCAAGGUUGUUCGCGGUAUGGUCUUUGGUAGAGAACCCGAAGGCAACGUCCAGAAUGUUACCAAGGCUAAGGUUGCUGUUUUCACUUGCCCCUUGGACAUUUCACAAACUGAAACCAAGGGCACCGUCCUUAUUCACAAUGCCCAAGAAAUGUUGAACUUCACCAAGGAUGAGGAAUCUCAAGUCGAAAAGAUUUUCCAAGAGUUGGCUGAUGCUGGUGUGAAGGUUGUCGUGACCGGUAACGGUGUUGGUGAACUUGCCCUUCACUACUUGAACCGAUUCAACAUUCUCGUCGUCAAGGUGUUGUCCAAAUUCGAUCUUCGUCGUCUCUGCCGUGUCAUUGGCGCUACUGCCUUGGCUCGUGUUGGUGUCCCUAUGGCUGAAGAAAUGGGUUACUGCGACAUUGUUGAAACUGUUGAAAUUGGUGGUGAUCGUGUCACCGUCUUCCGACAAGAAGAUAACGAUAAGUCACGUACCUCCACCCUCGUUUUGAGAGGCGCUACACAAAACCACUUGGACGAUUUGGAACGUGCCAUUGAUGAUGGUGUUAAUGUCAUUAAGGCUAUUACCAAGGACAAUCGUUUAUUGGCUGGUGCUGGUGCUGCUGAGAUGGAGCUUAAUAAGCGUCUUCAAGCAGUUGCUGACAAAACUCCUGGUUUGAACCAGCAUGCUAUUAGAAAGUACGCUGAAGCUUUGGAGGUCAUUCCCCGUACCCUUUGUGAGAAUGCCGGUAUGGAUGCUACUGAGGUUUUGUCUCGGUUGUAUGCUGCACAUUUCCAAGAGGGUGGUGCCGGUGCCACUAUCGGUGUUGAUGUUGAGAAUGAUAACGAUGGUACUCUUGACGCCGUCAAGCAUGAGAUUUUCGACGCUUUCUAUGCCAAGUACUGGGCCUUGAAGUUGGCUACUGACACUGCCUUAACGGUUUUGCGAGUAGAUCAAAUCAUCAUGUCUAAGCCUGCUGGCGGACCAAAACCUCCCAAGCAGCAGGCCAACUGGGAUGAGGACUAAAUCAACAGCAUCCCAUUUUUUUCAACUGACUAUCCACUGGGAAAAGGAAUAUUUUCUAGCAAACGUGGAUAUGCUGUUUAUAAUCAACAGUGGAAUGUUUUCAAUUUUCUUCUUUUUAUUCCUUUUUCUCUUUCAAUAUGUACAAUUGCCAUAG